CUUGGACAGUAGAACUCUGCUGUACUACCACUCUUCCCGUCUGUAAAGCAUACACGUCUAUUGUUGUCUUCGCGCUUCGCCCAGCAGACAUGCGCCGCCUCGCAUUUCUGCGCAGUGUGCCCGGGCAAGCCCCCGAUGAUAUUGGGGCGGGCUAGUCCUGCAGGUGUGAGCUGGCAUGCACCAACCGCCGCAGGAUGAGAGAGACAUCAGCGACGCCCACAAACCCUCCACCGACCGACUCGAUUGCCUGCAGCGCGCCCUGUCUCGCCCUGUCCCGUCGCACUGCUCCCGGAUUUCGAAUUUCGAAUUUCGAGCACCGUCGUGCGGCAACGCUCUACUACUCGUCGCAACUCAAGCAGAGCGACGUCGCACACGGUCGGGUCAGCAACACUUCAUUCAAACGCUCCACGCAGUGUGCCGUUUGUCUGCACGAGCAUGUCCUGCGACUAUCAAUUGACACUUUCCCGCACUCUGCUUUCUCUCCUUUCCCUUGCACUCCUCAAAAGCCAGGACACGGGCCUCCUAGGCCUGGCGGCGAGCCAAAGGUGAAGUCUUGCCAGCUUUACGACGCCAGCACGGAGAGUUGGCCGCCAUCUCUGAGCUCCCGAUCCGAAUACAGGCUUUCGAUUCGAGUGGAGCUUGGAGUGAGGCAUGAGCGGUCUGCUCCGAGGAGAGUGCCCGUUUGUCCUCUCACCUUGACCACGUUGGGAGCAUUGGAGCUCUCCAACCUGCGUCCCGCCAGGUCCCCCGCAUCCGCUAACGAGACCCACGAUUACACCACCACCCGCAACGCAUCUCACGAACCGCCAUAUAUUUCUUCUCUCCAGCAACGCCAGCAGCAGGCUGCCGAAUACUAUCGGGCUCAGCACAUCCACUCACGAGCAUCGAGUUCAUCUGGAAGUCCAGCGCGCAGCUUACGCCGAACGCCCAACUUCGAACGCCCAAGCUCACCGGCUCUCGAGCUUCAACUUCUCGGCCCCCACCCUGCUCUGCGCAUCUCGCGUCGCACUGCAUCUGCCAUCCGCUUCGUCCUCGAAGAAGCCAUCCGCACACCUCAUCCCUUCACACCUGACCUUGCCGAGGAGAACGCUUCCAUGUCCGACCUGAUGGGAGCUGGGGGCGGUCGAGCCGCCAAUGGCGGUGCGCGAACCACUGCCGGACCUGUCCCAGUCUCGCAAGCGGACCGCUCCAACAUUCGCACGCCGCAGAUGAUCAUGAAUCAGCGCCGCGAACGCGAGGCUCGAAGGCAACAGACAGAGGCGGAUGCUCGUGCUGCUGAAGAGCAACGGAAGGCCGAAGAGGAGCGUCGGAAAAGUGCAGAGCGUAGAGCCUUAGCUGCUGGCGUUGCUGGAGCACCCACGACUAUUGCACCCGGUACGCAACGGUAUGCCGCUCAGUCGGCGCCUUUGAGAUCGGGCGACGCGCCUACCUCCGCUUCAGGCGGGCCUGUGCAUUCCCCAACUUCGGGUCAAGCACAAGAUGUUCCUGCAGGAACUCAGUAUGGGAGACCUCGGGCCAGCUCAUUAGCGCAACCGCCGCAGCCUCGUCCCGCCCCUGCAUCUGGGUACGACGGCGCAGCUGCAUCCGCAAGUGACUCACGGCGACCACCGCCUAUGCAGCAUUCUCGACGACCGUCUGCUCAGGCUGGAACUGCCGCCGCUGGAGCGUCCACAGCGGCUUCGCAACCAGCAGCGGGUGCCGCAGGAGGACAAUCCGGAAGUCAAGCUCGCCAGUCCACCACCUCGAGUUUUCCGCAUGCAUUCGAGCGCUGGGAGCAGCUCUCCUCGCAUUGGGAGGGCUUGACAUCGUACUGGAUCCGUCACCUUGAGCAGAACAGCGAAGAGAUGAAGCGACAGCCGCUUGUUCAACAGAUGUCUCGUCAAAUCACCGAUUUGUCCGCAGCCGGCGCUAAUCUGUUCCACGCCGUAGUCGAGCUCCAGCGACUACGGGCUUCAUCCGAGCGCAAGUUCCAGCGAUGGUUCUAUGAGCAUCGACAGGAGCAAGAGCGGGCGCAAGAGCGUGAGGCCCAGUUGGAUAAUAUGAUUCGAGUGGAGAGAGAGGCUCGUGCUGAAGCUGUUGCCAAUAUGGAGCGCAUGGCAAAAGAGAAACAGAAUGCCGAGAGAGUGGUAGCGGAGAUGAAACGGGAGUUGCAAAUUUCCAAAGAGGAAGCUCGCAGGGCUUGGGAAGAGCUGGGAAGGCGCGAGCAGGAAGAACGAGAUCGCACCAUGGCUCUGCGUGAGGGCCAGGAGAUCGUAUUGGGUGGCAUCCACGUAGUGCCCCGGGCAGUGGCUCAAGGGAUCGGGACGCCAUCCCAACACGCGGGUGUAGGUGACACUGUCUACGGUACUGGAGCGAGCAGUGGCCAUGGCAUUGAACAGCAUUACAGCUACGAGCAAGCGCAAUCACCUACGGACACCGAUCCUUUCCGGCAUGGAACCCCUCUCCGUCAUGAUCCCGACGUAGCUCCACUUGCCCAAGGAACCUACAUCCCCAGCGGCGUGUCUGCCGCAACCCAGCCAUCCUCCCGUACCGCCACGCACAGCCAGGCUCCUGAGCAAAGCCAGAUCUCCGCUCCUGCAAACCCCCAACAACGGAACAUCAGCAGCACCCAACAUUCUCCCUCGCAAUCCCAAACCCCAACCACCCGUCCGGAAGCCUUCUACCAACAACCCUCCGCCUAUCUUCACCGCUCCACCGAAGCGGGUGCCGGCAUUCCAGAAGACGAGCAACAAUCCUACGUCACCUCCACCCAAGCCGACGACUCCGAAGAAGAAGAAUACGUAAUCGAUGAUAAUGGCAAUUUCCUCCUCGAUGAACAGGGUCACCGUGUCCCCUACCGCUCUCUGCAUACGCACGACGACAUGUCUGACGAAUUCGACGUCCAGGAGGAAAGAAGGCGGGAAUUGGAGCAUUUGCAGCGCUAUGGCAGUGCGCCGCAGGGCGAGACCAGCUAUACGACCACGACAUCGGGUGGCGGCUCGUACGGGCAAGGGUACGUGUCGAGCAGUAUCCCGGAUUACAGCGGUGCGGGAUACGGUAGUGAGUGGGCGGGGAUGCGACAUCAUCACCCGACGCGGUUGAGCGAUGUACUCGAGGAGGAUGAGAGGAGUAGGACGAGUCCGAGUCGGGCUAGUCAGGCGAGUCGGGGGCGGUACUGA